CACUAGUCCUCAUCAUCUUCAUCAUGACCUGUCAAUUCCAUGGUUCUUGUACUAAGAACCUUCUCUUUGUCUUGACUCUGUUGUUGGCCUUGUUCUUUGGCUUUGACCAGGUCAAGGAGAAAUUCUAUAUCUUUGAUCAGCACAAGCUCCAAGAGGUUGCCCAGCAUAACAUUGCUUUGUACUCUAAUGACACCCGCUUGAUGAUGAACAACAUUGCCAAGGAUCUUGAAGAAGUAUACCCCGGACAUAUCCAAUUGAAGGAAGAGUGGGUGUUUAACAACGCUGGUGGUGCUAUGGGCUCUAUGUGGAUUCUCCAUGCCUCCCUUACCGAGUAUAUCAUUUUGUUUGGCACUCCCGUUGGCACCGAAGGCCACACCGGUCGUUUCAUGGCCGAUGAUUACUUUAUUAUCUUGGAGGGUGAACAGUGGGCUUACAAUGCCGGUGCUUUGAAGCGUGAGGUCUUUUUGCCCGGAGAGAUGCACCAUCUUGCUCGCGGUGAUGCUCAACAGUACAGAAUUCCCGAACACGCCUGGGCCCUCGAGUAUGCACGCGGCUGGAUCCCUCUCAUGCUUCCCUUUGGCAUGUUCGACACAAUUUUCUCAACUGUUGACUUUGUCUCCUUCUACAACACCUUCCGCCUCUACGGCAAAUCUGUUGUUGGUGAAUUGCUCCAGGGCAAGAUCUAGAUAUACAAGAAGAAGAAGAAGAAGCUAUGGGUACAAUCUAUUUAACUUUUAAUAUUCUAGUCUAAAUCUGUAAAAUAUAUUGUGUCUAUCUAUCUGUAUAUGUAUAUAUAAGACAUUCGUAUAUUCACACAUGUAUUAAUUGAAACAAAAACCUAAUCUAUUAGAGGUUUAAAAGCAAUAAUAAAUAAUAAAUAAUAAUAAU